GGGUGGCCAGUUUGUUGUUUUACCUAAAAGGUGUUUUCCACGUGGAGUAGGACUGAGAGGCACGGGUGGCUGAGGGGACCUGCCUGGGACGUGAGGCGCAGGUGAGUGUGCUCGGCCGCUUCAUCUGUCCGUCAGCUGCGGCAAUGAAAUAUGUGGAAGUGAAGAAGUCUCCGCCGCACCUCCUGAAGCAAUUCACAGUGUGUGACAUUCCUCUGUAUGACAUUUGUGACUACAACGUCUCCAGGGACCGAUGCAAGGAGCUCGGGUGCUGCUUCUACGAAGGCGUCUGCUAUGAGAAAGCAGUUCCCAUUUACAUCCACGUGUUCUCCGCCUUGAUUGUGAUCAUCGCUGGGGCCUUCGUCAUCACCAUCAUCUACAGAGUCAUUCAGGACAGCAGGAGAGAAAAGGCCAUCCCUACGGAUGUCGCGCUGCCACAGAAGUCCAGCGAAAAGGCGGAGGUGGCCUCAUCCAGCAGCAAGUUAGGGCUGAAGCCUCCGAGUCCUGGGCCUCCAAGUGCUGGGCCCUCGAUGAAGAGUGACGAGGACAAGGAUGAUGUAACAGUGACAAUAACAGAAGCCGAAGAAACUGAGGACUGACUGAAACGCAUGAAGAAGUGGAGAUUGGCAGAAUUAUCCAAAUGAAAUGGUACAGCAGGUGCACUGUUAACAGGGUGAUGGAAUGACCACCCAAUGGGUAAAAAAUGAAGGUAUUUUGAAAAUUG